GUUGGCUAGGUAACGGUUAUUCCCAAAUGUCUAACACGUCAGUCGAGAAACGUUAAUAAAUUACAGUCCUUUGAGGAAGGGAAAAGAUGUUGACAGUACAGGCGGUAUUCCGCAUUAGUGUAUCCUUAACUUAAAAUCUUCUAGUCAAUACACAAGCAACGCAAAGUCAUUGUAGCUUUGAGGAAAGCGAUUAAAGGUGAAAAAUGUCCAAAGGCACAGUUGUUCUGGCGUACAGCGGUGGGCUGGACACAUCUUGCAUCUUGGUGUGGCUCAAGGAACAAGGCUACGAUGUCAUCGCGUAUUUGGCCAAUAUUGGACAAGAUGAAGACUUUGAUGCUGCUCGGAAGAAAGCAGAGAGGCUGGGAGCCAAAAAGGUGUUCAUAGAAGACCUGCGAGCGGAGUUUGUGGAGGAGUUCAUCUGGCCCUCAGUGCAGGCCAGCGCCAUUUAUGAGGACCGUUACCUGCUGGGCACCUCCAUUGCUCGGCCCUGCAUCGCCCGGCGCCAGGUUCAGAUCGCCCAAAAGGAGUGCGCCCAGUUCGUGUCUCAUGGGGCCACGGGGAAGGGCAAUGACCAAAUUCGAUUUGAGCUGACCUGCUAUGCGCUAUACCCAGAUGUAAAGAUCAUUGCUCCGUGGAGGAUCCCGGAAUUUUACAACCGUUUCAAAGGCAGAAAGGACCUCAUGGAAUAUGCAGAGAAACAUGGUAUUCCUGUUCCUGUCACCCCAAAAGCCCCCUGGAGCAUGGACGCCAACCUCAUGCAUAUCAGUUACGAGUCUGGAAUACUGGAAAAUCCCAAAAGCCAUGCUCCAUCUGACCUGUACCUAAUGACCAAGAACCCUGAACAAUCUCCUAACACACCAGACAUGCUGGAGAUGGAGUUUAAAAGUGGUAAGCCAAUCAAGGUGUCCCAUGUGACUGAUGGCACAACCAAGGACACGCCUCUGGAGAUCUUCUUAUACCUGAAUGAAGUGGGAGGAAAGCAUGGAGUUGGCCGGAUCGACAUUGUGGAAAACCGCUUCAUUGGAAUGAAGUCCAGAGGUAUCUACGAGACCCCGGGAGGCACUAUUCUCCACCAUGCUCACCUGGACAUUGAGGCUUUCACCAUGGACCGGGAGGUGCGCAGGAUCAAACAAGGCCUGGGCAUUAAGUUCUCCGAGCUCCUAUACAACGGUUUUUGGUACAGUCCAGAGUGUGAAUAUGUGCGCCACUGUAUAGCCAAGUCUCAGGAGAAUGUGGAGGGGAAAGUUCAGCUAUCUGUGUUCAAAGGGAAUGUCAACAUCCUGGGCAGAGAAUCCCCCAAGUCCCUGUACAACGAGGAGCUCGUCAGCAUGGACGUGCAGGGCGAGUACAACCCCUGUGAUGCUUCAGGCUUCAUCAGGAUCAACGCAGUCAGGCUCAGGGAACAUCACCGAUUGCAGGGUUUGAAUCAGUGAAGCUCACACCACUCCUGAAGUAACGAAGACCCAGUCUCGCUCCGUGGACUACACUUGCGCUUGUGUUUUGGUCAGAGAUGUUAGGCCUUAUUAAUUAAUGAAUUGAUUAAUUAAUUAAUUCUGCUAUAUAGGUUUAGUUUUACUGUUGCUCCCGUUUAAAGGUUAUUAGACAACAUUACUAACCUUGUCAUGCAGUAUGGAUCCCUGUGAGACUGAUGCCUUCUUUAAAUCCAAAAUAUGUCCUAUUUCUGAUUGUAAAAACUUCCCAAGAGUUUGUCAGAGAGAUUUGUCUUUAAUAGUAUGUGUGCUUUGUAAUGUCUUGAGCAUUCCUGUGUCAAAGAGCAGAGCUUAUAAAGAUGUACUUGCAAGCAAAA